CUGAAUUACUACUUUCCCACUUUAUCAAAAGUCAGCGAACACAACACAAACCAAAUGGCGCAUGUGCUUUAUGGUUUGUAGGCAGUAACAAGGAAGUGCAGACACAGAUUGAAGGUUUCUAAUUGCUGCUGUUCACUUGUUUCUACUCAAGCUUUGUGAUGGCAGUGGACUGGAUUGGAUUUUGCUAUGCUUUAGCCAUCGCCUUUGGAGGAUAUAUGGGUUACACGAGAAAAGGCAGUGUGAUGUCCCUGAUGGCUGGUAUAGUUUUUGGUGGGUUAUCUGCUUAUGGUGCAUACAACGUCUCUGCUGACCCAAAGGACAUCAAGGUCUCAUUGCUUACCUCGGGAGUCCUGUCACUCGUGAUGGGAAUGAGAUACAAGAGAUCUGGAAAACUAUUGCCUGCUGGCAUUAUGUCAGGACUAAGCUUGUUGAUGGUGUUUCGACUGCUACUACUCCUCAUGGUGUGACUGGAGGAAUAACACUGACCAGACUGAGGGCUCUCUGUCCCUCAAUGAACAAGCCUUGUUUGAAGGAAACAGCAUUCCCAGCAUACUAAAACAAUCCUUUUGUUUGAUAUGGUUACAUAACUUCCAUGUGACCAGAAACUUUGCAACAGUCACCAGUGGGUGUUAACAAAUUUAAGAUGAACAAUUUAUCACAGUGCAGUAAACCCGUUUUGCUGAUCUUGUACAAAUAAAACUUUUUUCUUGUAUAAGAGCAUGUGCAUGAAUGUAAAUCUCAUGAUUUAGGAUCACCAGAUGUACAGGAGCUGGUGCAAAUUGUUUGUGUACGCUACUACUUCAUUUAUGCAGGCUGACUCACUAAAAGUCAUAAAAUAAAGUAUUCUUGACCGCU